ACCUUGGAGGACACGUAAGGGGGAGACGAACGCGUUUUGUUUUGGAGACCUUACGGGAUACACACAACACAAGCACCGAUGGAGAGAAAGGACCAUUAGCCAUUGUCCAGAAGCAGUAUUCCAUGUCUCUUCUCUGCCCUGUUAUUGAUGGGAAACCAACUGGACCGGAUCACCCACCUGAACUACAGCGAGCUACCCACCGGUGAUCCAUCGAGCAUCGAGAAGGACGAGUUGCGUGUUGGCGUGGCGUAUUUCUUUUCCGAUGAGGAGGAAGAGCUGGACGAACGAUCGCAGUCGGACAGCUUUAAAGACAACAACAGCUCGAGCAAAGACGGUCCGGUUGCGCUCAACGAGAUCGAGUACUCGGCGUUCUGCUGCCAGGAAUGUAUAUACUCCAAACUGCGAGAGAACGAGGACCUGAAUGUUUAUUCGGUGAAAACUUUAUUGACCAUGUGCAAACCUGGGGAUCUACUGGAGUUAGUGGCCAACUCACAACCCCCGCACUGGGCGAUCUUUGAAGGGGAGGACCAGGUUAUUCACCUCUACAAGGGGGAGAUCCGCAAGGACAGCUUGUUUGAGAUCAUCUGCGGUCGGCAGGGCAGGAUAGUGAACAAUAGGUAUCGCUACCGACCGCUGCCAGCUGAUUUGGUGAUGCAGAACGCGAGCGGGCACGUGGGGCUCAGCAGCGGCGAGAUUUGCUGGACGAACUCGGAAAGUUUCGCAGCCUGGUGCCGUUUCGGCAAGCGGGAAUUUAAAGCGGGCGGGGAGGCGCACUCGGUCGAGCAGCGCUACUUUCUGAAGGUGCACCUGUCCGAGAGCACCGCGCACACGCUCAUGUUCCGCAGCCUGGAGGAGAUGAUACGCGAGAGACGGCGCGUGGACGCCAGUGGCAUUCUGAAGGAGCUGUCGCUGGUGACCGGGAAGGAAUGAGUGCUUGGGACUCUCUGCAUGCCUUGGGCAAGGGCUGCUUACAUUUAUUUCAGGACUUUGGGAGGGUUGUGCGUAUUUGUGUGAACAUGUUUUGGCAAAGACAACGCCCCUUUUGGUUGUGCUGUGAGAACCGAUGGCCCCACUAAAGUCACCCUGUACCUUUAAAAAGGAAAAAGAUAAAGCAUAAGGUGAGCCCUCAACACAGAUCGCCCAUGAACAGAUACAGCCCCCUCAAAUUCGCACCCGAGCCCUGCUGCGGCAGAUGGUGACCACGAUGCGUUCAUAUGUCUGUGGCAAGCCGUUUUGACAUUUAUAACUUAAGACUAACUAGCAUUUGUUUUUGUUAGUAAUAGGCCUACUCCUUAUUCACCAGUAACUAUUCAAACGGUUUCUAGUAUCUAUCUCCUGUUGUUCUAGCAACAUUUGAAUAGUUACUAGUAGUGUGUAUUCCAAUUGUUACUAGUAACAUCGUACUAACAAUCGUACUAGUAAGACUUCUGUUUGAUUACAUCUGUCAAAAGCAAAUGUUACUAGUUAGAUGAAGAAUGUUACUUGUAACAGUUGAGAUCAAUGGGUACUAGUAUCUGAUUAGUAGCUUCUAGUAAACUAAAAAUGGAUACUAGUACCUAACGAAUUGUUACUAGUCAAAGUUUAAUGGUUCAUAUCUGAACCUCAGAUCCAAAAUUUGUACCAUGGAAUAGUUACUUGUCAUUAUUACAAUGUGACUAACUACUAUCAAAAUACUAGUUGAAUAAAUAAGUAGGGUACUAGUAAAAUCGAAAAAGAGACUAGACACUAUUGGACUAGGCUACUUCUAAUUUAAAUAAGUAUUGGUAAUAUAAAAGUGUAUAAUAGUUAGUUUAAAGGAAUAAAACGGCUUGCCACAUGUCUCUUAUUUGACUGAACUCCAGAGCUUAAAUAUUAAAUGUGGUGCUCAUUUAUUGCGCAUCUGUCCAGCUGCAAUAGUUUCUCUAAAACCCCUACAGGCGAUAACACACGAGCCUUUGUUUUCAUUGCUACCAACAAACGCAGCGAACACUCUUCUGUUUUUGGAGUCCAUAUUUUUGUAUUUCAGUUAGUGCGUUAAAAAAACUGUUUUUAUUCAAAUAAACGUAGAUUGCCCUAUGAAAAUUGCGUUGGUCUCUAGCUCUUUUUCAUACUGUUUUGCCUGCGUACAAAUGCAAUAAGCGAGCACGUGCUGGCUGAGGUUGUCUCACGCAAGUGCCUAAUCGACGCAUUAUAAUUCACACAUGGACCUUCUGUAGUGUUCACAGUAUCAACCAUCCCCUCAUUUGAUUUUUGAUGGAUUUAUUUCCCUCCAGCUGGGCAGUCGUUUGUUAUCAUUGCUGCAUUAGUAUGCCUUACCGGCAGUUGUUGAUGCAUGGAGACACUUGUCCUUUUGUUCCUGCUUAUGGUUGAUGAUCAUCAACUUGUUUCUAACCUUGACUCAAAGGAGAUGCUUCAAUCCCACCUCCAAAUAUUUGAUUCUAUAUUCUGUCUAUGUUACUUUAAUUAUACAAAUCAUGUUUAUGACUGCUCUGCUUGUGGUCCAGAAGCGAUACAUCCAAAUUAACUGCAGUCUCCAUUUUUGGCUGCAAGGUUUGCAUUAAGUAAUGGGAGAGCUGUGUAUAUGUGUGUGUCUGUGCACAUAGGCACUGUCUAGCACCAGUAAAUAUGGUCAUGCUCUGUUUGUUUUACUAUUAGAGGCUGUACAAUGCAGCUGGGAUCAUUUAUGCUUUAUGUUCAGUGGGGCUUGAUUGGCCGGCUGGACCCUUUACAGAGCUUGUGCUGGCCAACACUAACAAGUCAUUCUGAAAAUCAGUUUGUACCUGAAGCAAGGCUAAAGUCCAUUUUUAGCAGGUUUAUCUUUGUGCUGUAGGUUAUGAGUUUGUCAAGCACAUUGUAACUGAAUGAGACACAAUCUUUUCUAACAUUCUGCCUUUCCUGUUAAUAAUCUAGUUUAAUAUUUACUAGAUUUAGUAGGCUAGUUCCUGUAGUGUGCGUUCAACACAUUUGUAUUCAUUUCACAUACACUCCUUACUGCUUAUUCUUUGUGUGACUAUUACAGGUCAGACUGUUAAUCAUGAGUCCUCAUCAUGCACAACAUGUUGUGUCAGGUGUGUCAGUUUGAACCGUUAAUAUGGAAAGCGGGGCGAUUGUUUGAAUGAAUGAAAACAAGUGGGACAGGUUUCUAAAGGCUUGGGAAAGAUUGCUCACCAGCUGUCAGAUGAGUUCAUUGUUGAUGUUACAGACUUGGGCGAAUUCACCAAAUGACUGCAGCAAAUUUCACAUCCCAAAAACAAGUUUAACAGGUGAUUAAUAUGAAAUAGUGUUGCGUUCAAUUAAUUAUCCUUCUUUUUAGUGCAAAUGAACUAAAUUUUCACAGAAAAGAGGCAAGUUAUGUAAUUUGUCUGGCACAAUAAAUAAUGUGCUUUUACUGCCCAUGGAAAGCAGGCAUUAAAUU